CUACUACCAAUACAGCAUGUCAUUUUCUAUCGGCCGUGGGUCAUGAAAUUUCCCCCUCAGCUCUGGAGGCCUUUUACAGCUUUCCUGAUCACUGGACCUGGACUGGGAAUCUUGCUUGAUACAUAUUUCAUAUAUACCAAUGGCAGCUGGCUAGAGACACAGUCAGCUCGAUUGAAUCAACCUGGUGAUUUCUUUACAUAUGUCGUCUUCGUCUGUCUCUUCAUACUAGUUGCCAACGGCGGUGUCCUCGGCGGCAUGAUCUUUACUUCAGCGCUCGUGAUGGCUCUUGUUUAUACUCAUGCGCAAGAGAAUCGGGGUCGAAAGGCUACUCUUUUCGUAAUCACCAUACCCAUUGAAUGGCUACCGUAUGCGAUUCUGCUCUUGACUUUCAUCAUGGGAGGCAGUCAGGCCGCUAUUGAGCAGAGCACAGGCAUUUUUGCUGCUCAUCUGUAUGAUUUCUUGACUCGCAUCUGGCCGGCGUUUGGAGGUGGGCGAAAUUACAUACAAACUCCAAAUUUUGUGAGGCGAUGGUUCGAACGUCCAGGUCCUCAGUCGAGACCGUAUGGCACAGCGUGGAAUCCAAGAACCACUCAGCAAUCAAGCCGUGGUAGCUCCAGCGGAAUCUCGAAUCUCUGGGGCACUCGCGGACAAGGACGGCGUUUAGGUGGAGACUAAAGUUUGUCUGAAUUACAACAAUUGAUAUGUUGUCUGACAGGCUCCAGAAGCAUAACUAGAUAAUCUCCAGUGAAAAUGUAAAUUUUCGUAUAGCGGCCUAAUAGGGAUCUGCUAUUAAUACAUCUAUAGUUGAAUGAAUCUCCUCGCUGA